AUGGAGUCGGACCAUCCAACCGGAUCAACCCCAGAAAACCUGGACCAGGCCGCAACCUCAGAUAUUCAUGACCAAGGUGCAAGCCAGGCCAGGUCCUAUGACUGCACCUUCUGCAAGAGAGGCUUCUCAAAUGCACAAGCCUUAGGAGGACACAUGAAUAUCCACCGAAAAGAAAAGGCUAAACUGAAGCGAUUCGCGAAUGAAAGUCAACCGUCUUCGAACAUCCCAAGGGUCACUCCCUCGUAUUCUCCAAUACCUAGGUAUUCUUCAUGGCCAUUGGAAGCCAAGCCUGGAGACGGUAGAAGCGCCAUCAAAUGGCCUUGGCUUAAUCCCAGCCAACAAUAUUAUGGUGAUCAUUUUGGUACGAGGUAUGAAACCCAUGUUGGUGAUGAUCACGUCCAGCAACUUCCACUGUUUGUCGAAACACCAAUAUCGGACGAAGAUCAAAAGUCAUCUAGCGAAUUUGAUCAUGGGAAAACUGACGAGGGUUUUUCAUCGCCAUCCACCCGCCGUGAGUCGUCAGGUUCGGAGAUAGACCUUGAGCUCAGACUGGGGGCACCUGAGCCUCAUCAGGACCCAUAUUCAACACCAACGGGUACUAAAAAGUUCUUCUGA